AUGGCUCUGGACAGUGUGUGGGCUCCACAGACAGUAGACAUAGGGGAUGGGCCGGCCAAGAACGUGGGUGACCAGGCCUCCCUGCAGACACAGCCCCUCCAGACUGCUUCUGUAAAGGAUGGCCCAGCAAAGCGGGCAGUGUGGGUCCACCGGAACAGCACAGGCAGAGAAGCCAUCAAAUCAACAGUGCCCAGUGAACAGCCCAAGCUGGCGAUGACCAAAGCUGUGGUUGUGGACCUUGGCACCGGCUUCUGUAAAUGUGGCUUUGCCGGCCUGCCAAAGCCCACCCACAAGAUUUCAACAACGGUGGGCAAGCCCUACAUGGAAACGGCCAAGACGGGGGAUAAUCGCAAGGCGACAUUCGUGGGGAAGGAGCUCCUUGAUUCAGACAUUCGUCUCAAGCUAGCCAAUCCCCUGAGACAUGGCAUCAUCGUCGACUGGGAUACAGUGCAGGAUAUCUGGGAAUACCUCUUCCGACAGGAGAUGAAGAUCGCCCCGGAGGAACACGCAGUGUUGGUGUCAGACCCACCCCUGAGCCCACACACCAAUAGGGAGAAGUAUGCGGAGAUGCUGUUUGAGACCUUCAACAUGCCGGCCAUGCACAUUGCCUACCAGUCCCGCCUGUCCAUGUACUCCUAUGGACGGACCUCAGGCCUGGUGGUGGAGGUCGGCCACGGCGUGUCUUAUGUGGUCCCCAUCUAUGAGGGUUACCCUUUGCCCAGCAUCACCGGAAGGCUAGACUAUGCUGGCUCUGACCUGACAGCCUACCUGAUGACGCUGAUGAACAGUUCAGGCAAACACUUCACCGAGGAUCAAAUCAGCAUCGUGGAGGACAUCAAGACAAAAUGCUGCUUUGUAGCCCUGGAUCCCAUUGAGGAGAAGAAAGUCCCUGCGGCGGAGCAUCAGAUCCAGUACAUUCUACCUGAUGGGAACGAGAUCUGCCUGGGCCAGGAGAGGUUCCUCUGCUCAGAGAUGUUCUUCAAGCCGUCUCUGAUCAAGUCCAUGCAGCUGGGCCUCCACACACAGACAGUGUCCUGCCUUAACAAGUGUGACAUCGCCCUCAAGCGGGACCUCAUGGGGAACAUCCUGCUCUGUGGGGGCAGCACCAUGCUCAGCGGUUUCCCAAACCGUCUGCAGAAGGAGCUGAGCAGCAUGUGCCCCAAUGACAUCCCCCAGGUAAACGUGCUGCCUGAGAGAGACACUUCGGUGUGGACUGGUGGCUCUAUCCUGGCCUCGCUUCAGGGUUUCCAACCACUGUGGGUCCACCGUUGUGAGUACGAGGAGCAUGGGCCUUUCUUCCUCUAUAGACGGUGCUUCUGA